AUUGACCAAGUUAGCUGUUGUUUUGUUUUGUUAAACGUUAUUGAUUGAAUUGAAUGAAUUGAAAUCCAUUUAAUUUAUCGAAUUUAAAGAAGUACAAUUGCAAAAUGACCCAUAUAUUUUAUUAUACAACAAUACUACCCUGAUUUAUACAGUGUAAAUAACAGAAUUUCUCAUAUUUCUCUACAUACAUAUAAUUACAUCGAAAAUGCUCGCCUUGCUAUUGUUAAACCGGAUGAGUAUGAAAAGGCGUUCUAAAAGGCAAAGUAUUUAUAAAACUGAGAAUAACAUUGAUAAAAAUACAGUUGCCCAAGAGCUUUGCCGGACAUGCCUUAGUGCGAAGGACCUGGUAUCCCUAUUUUAUAACAAAGAGACUGAAAAGAAGAGGUCUGAUGAGUUAAAACUCGUAACAGGUUUAGAGAUCAAAAUGGAUGAUGAGUUAUCACAGAAAAUAUGCCUCAAAUGUGUCGAAGCAGUAAACAAUGCGUUAACAUUCAGAAGGACAUGUCGAAAAGCCGAAAAGACACUAUUGUCUAUGACACCGGUCAAGAAGACGAAGAGAAAAUUUGAGGUGAAGUCGAAAAAUCAAACGGUAAAGAAAAAAAAUAAAAAGAUCCCGGAAAAUCAUGUAGAAUUGAAUUAUGAUAGUAUAUAUGAUGGAAACGAUGGUUUUAAUAAUGAUGACUUCCAGAAUGAUGAUUUUAAUAAUGUUGACGCCAUCAAUGAAAGCUUUGAAGGCAAUUUGGAGAAUGACCAAGCUUUGGUGGAGACUGGAUUGAAAGCGACCAAAAAGCGAUACACGCACAUACCAAACGCAUCGUCAUACAAAUGUCCCACAUGUAAUAAAGAAUUCAAAAUGAAGUCUACGUUCAAGGCGCACAUGAGAUUCCAUACAAACUACUGUGUGUGUGAGUCGUGCGGCAAGCGGUGCAGGAACAACAACCAGCUGCAGGAACACAAGCGCGCGCGUCACGGCCUCGGCAGGAUACACAAGUGCGCGUACUGCGAGUACAGCUCCGCCACUAAGGAGGCCUUGGUGAUACACGAGCGGCGUCACACUGGUGAGAGGCCGUACGUGUGCGAUCACUGCGGAGCCACUUUCCACAGACGUUCUAAUCUGGUACAGCAUAUAGCUAUACACCUGCCCGAGAAGAAUUUCCAGUGCGAAUUAUGUGACAAGCGGGAGUUUUCGCAGAAACGUCUCAACCUCCACAUAUACUGUCGGCACAAGAUCACAAACUAUCGCUUCGUCUGUCCGAUCUGUUCGGGGAUUUUCACAAGGCCGAGGAAUGUGAGGAAGCAUCUCACCAGGAUACACGGAGUCGCCAGGCCUGAUCAGGGCCGGAUACAGAAGGUCGAUAAAUUAAUGGUGCCCGCGUAAUUACGUAUUAGGUUAUGUUUCAAUUUUUAAUUUUUAUUUUUAAUUUGUCAAGCUAUUAAGUUCGCGUGAAUUGCCAGUGGGGGGCUCCCAUGAAACAUAAACCACGUAGCACGUGAUUGCGUCCGCAUGUUCUCUCUUUUGAGACAGUAUGUGGGAGUUUGUAAUGUGCCACGUGUUUGUGUAUGUUUUGUGGUAGGCCUUCUGUUAUUUUAGAGAUUAAAGGUAAAGUAUGGCUUUCUCUGUACUGUAAAGUACAGGGCGGCCAAAUAACAGGUAUAGUACUUUAAUUUUGUAAUUUUUUUCCAUGAAAUAUAAAAUAUAUCAAGUAUUCCUUGUUAAGUAUAGUAUUUAGGCCCGUCAGUUAAACAUGGAAAAUAAACAGAACAGAAGUCAGACAAAUGUCCACCUCUAGCAGAAUACUUUUCAUCACAUUUUAUAGACACAGUCGUUGAGAUAACGCAGGAAAUGUAUAUUUCCUGCGUUAUCACAACGACUGCGUCUCGAAUAUUUUGUUUUAAUUUCUGAAGGUUCAUUGGUCUGUUAGCAUAGACAAGUCCCUUUAGACAGCCCCACAGAAAAAAGUCAGGAGCUGUUAAAUCAGGCGAUCUUGGGGGCCAAUCAAUGUCACCGUUUCUUGAAAUUAAUCGACCGGGAAACAUUAUUUUUAAUGUUUCAUAAAACGUUUUAAUAAUUAAAACACGUUGUUUCGUCGUAAAAUGCUCCAUAAUAAAUUUGCCGUAUCUACGCGAAAGUAAUUUUCAUACAACAACUGUCAUGUUUACCGCCAAAACAAAAUGGCGGCAAAAAAUACGUUUUAUACCUCCAAGUUGGCCACCCUGUAUUUGUAUGCAAAAUUUCUAAAUUGUUUGAGUAAUAAUACGUGAAGACAUAUUAAAAAAACAAAUAAACUAGCGUUUAUAAUAUUAGUCAGGGCUCUUCCUAUAUUUGGUGAAAACGCAUAAACUUCGUCAUCUUGUGCAAGGAUUUUAAAUAACUGAAUUAGGAUAUCAAUAUAAAUAAUGUUUAUAGAAUGGAGAGUCUGUAAAAAUGUUUCUAUUUUCACUUGUAUUCGUAUUUUAAUAUUAUGAAUAAAUAAUUGAAUAUAAAAU